AUUCAAGUUAAAUUCAGCACGUUGGGCAUGUGUUGCGCGUUCCUCUCUCCGUCCAUUGUAAAGAGAGUAGUGUAGAUGUAUCCUCCAACUCCCCAAGUUGAAUACGGUGAUUCUAGAUCCUUCAGCCCAGCCUCCGGACCACGCUGGCCUCUCGCCCAAAUAUAGGCGUUUCACCUGACACACCAGGGAUCGACUUGCUACUACUUCGCCUCUCUGAAGGACCCUUCGAUUUUCGUGGCUCAGCUAGAGGCAUAUCGGAAACAGGUACUGCAGUAGCUGCUGCUCUUUGGGGACUCAUGCUGGAUGAACGUGGUCGGGAUAUCACCUCACGAGAGGAUCUGGUGCGGGAAAACGGACUACCCACAGAUUCCUUUCUAGGAUUACUAUAAACGCCAGAGGGGCCACUAUCAGCACUGAGAAUACCCCCUUGUGCAUCUAAAAGUCGUCUGUAGGCGGAUAUUUCUGCUUCCAAGUUCAAUUUUGCGUCUGUCAGGGCAGCCAUCUCGGCAUGGGCUUUCGCAAGGGUUUCUUCAGCUGCUUCACGUUCUCUUGCUGAUGCUUCGAGCUCAACCUCGAUACGUCCUCUUAAUUCCUCGGCUUCUGCCGAAACAUCAUUCAACGCCUUUUCCAAAUAGGAAUUCUAUAGGUAUGAACAGAUAUAUAAAAUUAUUCGAGUGGAGUUUGAAGCACCUCUUAAGUAUUUUAAGAGUAAAUAUGUGCAUAUUGUCAAGCCGUUCAGUGAGUUUAAUUGAUAAUCAACAAUUCUAUGAAGUGAGCUAA